AAUUGCUUUGAAAAAGGAGGGUGCAGCACUCCGAGCAAGCAUCCUGUGCUUGUUCCUAAUGCCUUCUGCCUAGCUAGGUAACAAAUUGCCUAUCUCCUUACGCAAUAUAUACCCCCAAAUAGAGUGCAAGCUCCAGCUUCGUGGAACUGAUCGAUGUCCAUGCAUAUUCACCAAAUUGCUUUGCUUAGGCUCAUGGGUGAGAUGAAUCAUUUGUCCUUGCUCCUACAUCUCAUAUUCUUCAUUGUGCUAUGUGUUUUAGCCACUGCUAAUGGUGAAGACCAAUUCGCCUACUCUGGCUUCACUGGCGUUAACCUCACACUUGAUGGUGCGGCCAUAGUCACACCAAAUGGCGUCCUUGAGUUAACCAAUGGAAGUCUGCGGCUCAAAGGCCAUGCCUUCCACCCCACUCCAUUCCGCUUCAGCAGGUCACCCAAUGGGACUGUGAAAUCCUUUGCUGUAUCCUAUGUAUUUGCCAUUUACUGUGUCCGGCCUAACAUCUGUGGCCAUGGCAUCGCCUUCGUUGUUUCCGCAAGCAAGAACUUCUCAACCGCAUUGCAGAGCGAGUACAUGGGCCUUAUCAAUGACAAUAACAAUGGCAAUCCAUCCAACCACUUCUUUGCUGUUGAGCUUGACACCAAUCAAAAUGAGUUGUUCCACGACAUAAAUAACAAUCAUGUUGGGAUCGACAUCAAUGGACUUACUUCCGUGAAGUCCAGCACCGCUGGCUACUACGACGACAUAGAUCCUAAUACCUUCCACAAUGCAACCCUCACGAGCUACAAGGUGAUGCAAGUGUGGCUGGAGUACAACGGGUAUAGCAGGCAGAUCAAUGUGACCUUGGCUCCAAUACACAUGGCAAAACCCAGCAAACCAUUACUCUCUAUCAACUACAAUCUCUCAACAGUGCUCACUGACAUGGCAUAUAUCGGCUUCUCAUCAUCAACAGGUUCAUUUGUCGCACGACACUAUGUGCUCGGUUGGAGUUUUGCCAUGAAUAAACCUGCUCCGGCCAUUGACAUCACUAAGCUGCCAAAGCUACCCCGCCAAGAUCCAAAGCCCCGGUCCAAAGUCUUGGAAAUUGUACUACCAUUAGCCACAGCAGCAUUUGUUCUUGUGGUGGGCACCACUGCCAUUCUACUUAUACGAAGGACAAUAAGGUAUGCUGAGGUACGGGAGGAUUGGGAGGUCGAGUUCGGGCCACAUAGAUUCUCCUAUAAGGAUUUGUUUCAUGCUACAGAAGGGUUUAAUAACAAGAAUCUACUAGGCAUAGGAGGGUUUGGAAGGGUGUACAGAGGACUGCUUUCGGCAUCCAAAUUGGAGAUUGCUGUGAAAAGAAUUUCCCAUGACUCUAAGCAAGGCAUGAGGGAAUUUGUUGCGGAGGUUGUCAGCAUUGGUCGCCUCCAACACCGCAAUCUAGUACAGUUACAUGGGUACUGUCGGCGGAAAUGUGAGCUUCUCCUAGUUUACGAGUACAUGUCAAAGGGAAGCCUGGACAAGCGCUUGUAUGAUCUCAUGGACAAACCUACUUUAAGUUGGGCCCAAAGGUUCCGAAUCAUCAAAGGCAUUGCAUCUGCCUUGCUCUACCUCCAUGAGGAGUGGGAGAGAGUUGUACUCCAUAGAGACAUCAAGCCAAGCAAUGUGCUUCUUGAUGAUGAGAUGAACGGAAGACUAGGUGAUUUUGGUUUAGCAAGGUUAUAUGAUCAUGGUACUGACCCUCAAACCACACAUGUUGUUGGCACAAUUGGAUACCUAGCUCCAGAGCUAGCACGCACCAGCAAGGCAACUCCACUUACUGAUGUAUUUUCCUUUGGCAUCUUUGUUCUUGAAGUCAUUUGUGGGAGAAAGCCCAUCGAUCAAUCUGCACAAGGAAAUCAAGUCAUGUUGAUUGACUGGGUACUUGAUCAUUAUCGCCAAGGACUUCUCAUUGAGGUGAUGGACACCAAGCUCCAAGGUGAUUACAAUGUUGAUGAGGCAUGUCUAGCCCUAAAGUUAGGCUUGUUGUGCUCUCACCCUUUCACCAAUUUAAGACCCAACAUGAGGCAGGUUAUGCAGUAUCUCAAUAGAGACAUGCCACCACCGGAUCUAAACCCGAUGCACAUGAGCUUCAACAUUCUUUCUUUGAUGCAGAACAAAGGUUUUGAUCUAGAGAAUAUAGCAAACCAGAUGACAAUGGCGAACGGCAGUGCAAUCUCUGAUCUCUCAGGGGGUAGAUGACUUCUAUGUCCUCUCAUUGUUGUAAUUUCAUUGUUGUUUCUCUUUUGACAUGAACAAUUGUACCAGAUCAGGUGUUGUAAACCCUACAUAGUAAAGGCUGCAUGCUUGUAUUUAUGCUUGGUUACUCUAAAAAGAUGAACUUUGUAA